AUGCGACCUUGGAAAGACGACAAAACGACGAAAACGACACAAGAGCUGAUAACGACGGUAACGAUGGGCCUGAGCAUCGUCCAUGCCGUGGGAGCAACCACACUCGUGAGCUCUGUGCGUUUCAACGUGACUGGUUUUUUGGUCGAUGGCCAGGUCUCGACUGAUGCACCUGAAUCGCCUGUUUCUGAUCCUCUUCUCCGCAUGAUGGUCUUGGACACAACUCGUAGCGCCCCUUCUCUCUUCCGAGGAGAGUAA